GUAUAAUAAGGCCGUUCGCUGCUCUCGUUGUGGUAGUUACUGCAAUACACAGAACCGCACUCGAAUACCGACAUCUACCUACUACAGCUCCAUAUAUCUACUACAGCUCCAUAUACAUACAGACAUUUUCUGAACCGAAUACACAACACAGCUCGCUUUCACCUCAUUCCAAAUCAGCCACCUACCUAUAACUGCAAGACAAGACAAAAUGGCCGCCCGCACCAUCGACGAGCUUGUGCGCCACUGCGCCGUCGCGCACCCCACGACAGCGGUGAUCUCGUACCCUUCAACUGGCUCACCGAUCAAUUUCACCGACUACACGGGUCCGCAGCUAGACCUAGCCGUCAGCCGUGCAGCGCGGCACUACCUUCAGCUCCUCCCCCGAGUGCGGCGCACCUCUGCCGAUCCGCGCAUCGUCGUGGCCGUCCUCGGCGUCACCAAUAUGGAGUACAUAGUCACGUACCUCGCCCUGCAGCGCCUGGGUCUGACCUGUCUCUUCCUGUCCACGAGACUGCUUGAGGAUGCGUUCGUACAUCUGUUCCAGAAGACGGAUUGUGCGGUCGUGCUGGUCCAGCCGGAGUUCAAGGGGAUCAUGGAGUCGACUAGGGGGAGGAUGGAGGGUCAGUUGGAGAUUUUGCCGAUGGUCGAGCUGGCGACUAUUGAGACCGUGACGGAGCAGGAGGAGACGCCAUUGGGCGUUGAGUUCGAUCCUGAGGCCGAGAGAGGCCAGGUCGGAUGGUACAUCCAUAGCUCUGGCAGCACUGGUCUCCCCAAGCCCGUAGGCCACACGCACAUUGGCGCCUUGACUGCAGCCAAGUGCAUGGUAGUUCCCGACGAAGGCGGCUUCAUCACGGUGCCUUUGUUCCACACAUUCGGGCUGUACACGCUGCUCCACGGCCUGUACACGGGCAUCCGCACGGUCUUCCACAGCGCCGAAGCCCCCGUGACGGGACCGAGCGUCAUCGCCGCGCUCAACGCCACCGGAUGCGGCGUUCUCUUCACAGUGCCGUACGUGAUCAAGCUAAUAGCCGAGACGGAGGGCGGAACUGCCAGGAUCGCGCAACUGGAAACCGUUGUUUAUGGCGGUGCCGGGUGUCCUCAGGAUCUUGGCGAUAUGCUGGUCCGUGAGGGCGUGAAGCUGGCGAAUCAUUACGGCAGCACCGAGACGGGUUACCUAAUGCGGUAUGCGGAAGAGGGCUGGAACUGGCUGAGGCUUGUUCCCAUGGCGGAGAAGUACAUUAAGUGGGAGGCGGAAGGCGAGGGACUGUACCAGAUCAUUGUUCAGCCUGGCUGGCCGUCGUUGGCUGCGAGUAACCGCGAGGAUGGCUCGUAUGCUACCAAGGACUUGUUCGAGCGACACCCGGAGAACCCGAUGGUGUACAGGUAUGUUGACCGGAUGGACUCGACAAUCGUUCUCUCCAACGGCGAGAAGGCGAGUCCGGUGCUAUUCGAGGACGCCCUACGAGACAGCCGGUUCGUCACGGAAGCACUCGUUUUCGGGACCGGAAAACCAACACUGGGAGUGAUCAUCGUCAAGUCGGAAUAUGCGGAUAGCAUGUCGAGGGAAGAGUUCCUCGCCAGUAUCGCGGCCGAUAUCCAGCGUGGAAACACCAAGGUCCCAGCGUACGCCAGGAUCUUCCACGAUGCUGUUAUCAUCAAGGAGGCGGACACCGAUUUCCCAAGGACUGACAAAGGAAACUUUAUCCGUGCUGCUUUCCUGCGGGCAACGAAGAACGAUAUCGAAAGCUACUAUGCCCGUCUCGAGCAAGAGGAGGCACAGUCGGGCAAAGAUCUCUCAGCCGAUGAGAUCCGCCAGCUUGUUCGCACGACCAUCGCAAACUCCCUCCAGGUGGACAGCAGUGAGGUCAAGGACAACACUGACUUCUUCACCCUGGGUCUCGACUCCCUGAUGGCCAUCAGUGUCCGCCGCACUCUCACCAAGGAAGUCAACACUUCCGGCAAGGUUCUGAGCUCAAACAUCGUGUUUGAGCAUCCUACCGUGGAUGCUCUUACAAGCUUCCUGGUUGGCUUGCGGGGAGGAGUGGAAGUGCAACAGAGGCCUGUGCAGGAAGUGAUGCAGGGACUGAUUGAUAAGUAUUCGACUUUCAAGCAGCAUGUUCCCAAAGACGUCACUGUGGAUGGCGAGUACAUUGUCCUCACUGGAGCCACUGGGUCACUCGGAGCCCACACUCUGGCAAUCCUGGUUCGAAGGCUGGCCGUCAAGCAGGUCUACUGCUUCGUCCGAGCUGCAACUCCUUCCGCCGGACAUGAGCGAGUGAUCAGCGCCCUCAAGCACGCCCGCCAUUUCGAGACACUCACCGAAGCGCAGAAGAGCAAGAUCGUCGCGCUCCCUGCCGACCUCAGCCAAGAGACCUUCGGCCUCCCCGAAGAAGUCUACAGCACGAUCCUGCACUCGGUCACAAACAUCAUCCACGUCGCCUGGUCGGUGAACUUCAACAUGGACGUGACCAGUUUCGAGAAGCACCACAUCCGGGGCACCUGGAACCUGAUCAACCUGUGCCUCGCAUCCCCACACCGCACUCCCGCCUCCUUCAAUCUCAUCUCCUCGGUGAGCACCAUGAUGGCGCUACACACGACCGACGGGCAGAUCCCCGAGAUCCCCUCGACCUUCGCGUCGGUGAUGCCGAUGGGCUACGGGCAAUCCAAGAUGGUAGCAGAGAGCAUGUGCCUUGCCGCCGUCGCCUCCACCCCCAUUUCCGCGCGCAUCCUCCGUGUCGGCCAGAUCGUCGGCGACACCGUGCACGGCGUCUGGAACGCGACCGAGGCUUUGCCGUUGACGCUGCAAUCCGCAGUCACGAUCGGCGCGCUCCCCAACGGCAACGCCGAGCACUCCUGGCUGCCCGUCGACACCACCGCCGGCACCAUCGUGGACCUGGCCCUGCUCGACCGCCUUCCCCCCGUGACCACCGCGGCGCUCCCGCGCGACGCCGUGCUGCACGUCUGUCAUCCUGCGGUCCUCCGCUGGAAGAGCGAUAUUCUCCCUGCGCUCCGCGAGGCCGGGCUCGAGUUCGAGGAGGUCGAGCAGCAGGAGUGGAUUUCCCGCUUGACGAAGGAGCAGGAUCCCGUAAAGAACCCCCCCAUCAAGCUGCUGGAGUGGUUCAAGGCCCAGUAUGCCGAGAAGAGCGCAGAGGAGGAGGCCAGAGGCGCCCCGUACUUUAUGACCACUGAGGCGAGGAAGUACUCCCCGACCUUGCGACAGGCUAGGAAUGUCGAUGCGGAGUUGGUCGGUAAGUUUUUGGGGUACUGGAAGGCGGAGUGUUGGUAGAUGUUGAGGAUGUUAAGGAUGGGAUUGGGGGGAUCUGGGGAAUAACUUUGGCGCUGGUGUACUGGCUUUGCUUUGUCUGUCUGUUUUCUGUUUCUGGUUUUGUCUGUUUUCUGGUUCUGUUUCCGGCUUGAGCGUGUUCAUCAUAUAGAAUAGAGUAUCGUGUAU